ACUGAGUGGGGGAAGGAGGGGUCAGAAGAGGAGGGAGAAGGGACCAAUGUGUGUGAGGGGGUGGUAACAGAGGUAGCACAAGGAUAUUACUCAAUGGCUAAUGCAAAGCAUGGCCCAGUGGCUAGGACACUAGCCAGUGACUCUGGGUCCAGUGCCCAGCUCUACCAGAUUCUCCCUGUGUGACCCCGGGCAAUGCUCUGAGUCGAUUGGUGCCUCAGUUUCCCCACCUGUGCCAUGGGGAUAGCAGCACUCCUCUGCCUCAUGGGAGAGAGGAGGGUUAGGGUAACUUAGAGACUGGGAAGUGCUCUGGUCCUAGGGUGACGGGCAGCCAGGUAAGUAGCCGAGACUGAAUGUGAAGGUGGGUAUUUAGGGGCUAGUUCCCCUCUCCCCCAAAGUGAUCCACAACACUGCAACAUCUGCAAGAGACAAGCCACUUGUGAGAAAUCUGGGGCCCUGGUACAGGCCCCACCUCCUCUUAUUUGGCCUUAUUUACACAGACAUUAGAGAAGUUUGGGGGGCCCCUGGAGCUCAGGUUCCCCCUUUUCCUCCUGCCUCAUCUGCCCUGGAGAGAGGCUUCUCUAGGGUUGGCCACUGUCCUAGCCUAAGGCAAAGUGGUGUACUGGCCUAGGCUCUCCAGAUGGACUUGCCGUGUGGACAAGGCGCUUCCUCUCUCUGGGAUAAUGACAAGCAGCUCCCUGGAGCACUGAGUGGUGCUCAUGCAGCACUUGGAAAACCACAACACUAGAGAUGAGCCAGGCCUAAUCUGAACUCAGGAGCUUCCAGAGCCAAACUUCCAGCUCAGUGUGAUGUCCUAGGUCUUGAACCCAGCCUGGGAGUCCCUAGAUAGCUGCUGCGGCAUCCUGGCCUCUGCACCCAGUGUCAGCUGAAACCUAGAGUGCCCACAAGCUGGUAGGACUACAGCCUCAGCCAAGACUCCACCAUGAGAGCCCCGACUGGAGGAUCAUCCGACUCCACUGAUUGGUCCAACCACAUUAUUUAAGCCAGAAGGAAGAACAGGAAGUUUGUCUGAGCAAUAAUGUGACUUCCUGUUGUGGCUGCACCCAACCUGCUUCCUGUUUUGCUUUUGCUUUCUCUUGUUUCCACCCUGCUCCUGCUCCUGCUCCAUGUUCAGUCCUUGCCCCCCCUCCAUUUCCUGCCUUUAUGCCUUCAGUUACCAGGCCUGGCUCCGACCCCGGCCUCCAACUUCUAACCCUGAAUGUCUUGACCCUUGGUUCUGCCAUUUGGUAUCUGACCUUGGCUCUGAUGCUGGUCAGCUGAUAGUUGCUUCUGAUGCUGAACCUUGGCUUCGUUCUCCAGCCUGGAUACCUGCUCUUCCCACUAGACAUGACUGCUGCUCUGACUCCUAGGCCAGGUCACUUACAUCUUGAUUCAUAACAGUCUGUCCCAUCCCAGUAACUCACCCAUGUCGGACUUUGGCAGCAGGGCUAAAUCAUAUAAAAAUGGCCACUGGGUUUCUAAUGACCCAAAGGGACCUUGGGUUUAUGUGUCCUGUUCCUCGUUAGCUUAGAAAAAUGAGGCACGGGUGGUAAAAGUGAGACAUUCUGCCCUGGGAGAAGUAAUGUAAUUGGCUUUAAAUGCGGUCCUUUGGAUUUAUGCUGGUGCGAAUGAGAGAAGAAUCAGACACUAGGACUGAUGUAGCUGGAAGAGCUGGAUCAGAAAAGUUUGUGAAGUCCUUCCAUGACCUCCUGUGUCUUGAUAAGUCACAGCCACCAGCCCCCAUUACAGACACACUCAGCCUGGACCCCUGGUCAGAGCUCAGGGUAUUAAGGUCAUGAUUAGAAGACCAAAUGCAGCCUUAUGUACAUAAGUGCCAGACUUCUCCAAGAGCACCCAACAGCACCCACUUCAUUUGGGUCCUGCUGAGGAAAUCCAAUCCUCCAGCCUUCUGUGAACAGCUCGGCUCCCAAAUGCUCACCUCGCUUUCCUCUUUCCCACAGAGCGGCCCCUCCUGAAAUAUCCUCCUAGGACUCUCUGGGAAUGUCUAGGAGAAGCCACUGAUUUGGUGUUAGGAUGGUGAUCCUGAGACUAUGUUGGCUGCUCACGUGCCUCAUCCUCACAGAUGCACGCACCACCAAAUCCCAGGCGAUCCAGCUGACUGGGAUGGUGGGAGGGUCGGUAGUUUUCCCUUUCAAGGUUCCUCCGUGGGUGCCCGUGGAGACGAUCGUCUGGAAUUCGGUCACAACCCUCGCCACAUUUACCCCCAGGAAAGGGAAACCAGCUGCAGUUAAAGUCCUGGAUAAACGCUACAUAGGGCGGUUGAGGGUCUUGGACCAUACUUAUUCUCUGGUGAUUAGCAACCUGAGCAUACUGGACAGGGGCAUAUACAGAGCGCAGAUAAACACGGAGUUCACCACCACCGUGACAGAAUACCUGCUGCGCGUAUACAAGAAAAUCCCAGUCCCAGAUGUUGCCGUUGCCAUCCUGAAUGGAACCUGCAACCUCCUGCUAAACUGCUCUGUCACCGAGGGAUUGGAAAGCGCCACCUUCAUCUGGACGUACACCCGCAGGAGGAUCAUCCAGAUCAAGGAAGGACCCACCCUGCGCAUCUUGAGCCGGCCAAGAGCUAAAGACAUGGUCCACACCUGCCUGGCGAAGAACCCCGUCAGCCAGGGCUCAAAAACAAUCUCCAUAGAAGACUAUUGCGAAAGUGGUUCACCGGCAUCCAUUUUCCAAGCGCUGAAGGCAACGGGCUUCUUUGUGUUCUUUGGACUCCUCUUCAGCAUGACCAAUAUUCUAAAAUAAGGCCCACACGCUGCUGUCGAAUGCAGACCAGAGUGGCGGGAAUGCAUGCAAAGGGAAGAUUUGUUGCUGAGGAGGAUACAGAUGAUAUAACGCCAACAGCAUCCAAAUGUCACCAACCCUUGCUGUAAGUUGCCUGAACUGCAGCCCUUCUAACCUGCACCUGGAUGUGAAGAGCUGCCACUGCAGAACUUAUUACUGUGGCUUUUUAAAAAGCUACUGUAGAUUACAAGCAGCAAGAUGCCAAGGCAUUUCCCAUCUGCAGGCAGAAGGUGAUAAUCUCCUAACAUCUCCUCCUUAUGGGCAUGAAGCAUCACACCUGAGAUCCAGCCAAAAGUGUGAUUGUUUGCUCAUUGUGUUAACUCCAGUUUACCAAUAAAAUGCACUUCU